AUGGGCGAUGCUGGAGCGCAGGCAGUUGCAAACGCACUCAAGUACAACCCGCUGCUGGAGGAACUCUUCUUGCAAUUUCACAAGAUUGGCGACGAUGGAGCGCGCGCGAUUGCUGAGACUCUCAAGGUGAACACGACGCUGACGAUGCUCCAUUUGGGCGAGAAUCUCAUCGGUGAUGCCGGAGCGCGGGCGAUUGCUGAGGCACUCAAGGUCAACAAGUCGCUGAUCAUCCUGCAUUUGCCUGAGAAUCAGAUUGGCGACGCGGGUGUCCGGGCACUUGCCGAGGCGCUCAAAGUGAACACGACACUGAAGAGGCUCGCUCUGCAAAACAAUCAGAUUGGCGACGCCGGCGCACAAGCACUUGCUGAGGCGCUCACAGUGAACACGACGCUGACUGAGCUCUGCAUGUACCUGAAUCAGAUUGGUGACGCUGGCGCACAAGCGAUUGCCGAUUCGUGGCCGACACCCGAGUCCCGCGGGUUCCGCCAGUGGUCGAGCAUUGAGAUGACUCAUAUGCUACAUGUCAACAUAUUUGGCCACCUGAAGCGGGUUGGACUGGAGAAGACGUUGACGGAGACGAUGCCGCCUCAGGCUAGUCGACUUGAGGAGCUUCAACAGUUCUCCCCUCCAGGCUUCCAGUCCAGUGAUCCCACCACCAGCAUGCACACACUCGAGAAAUUGCUGUACACCCAGUGGCUAAUGUGCUAUCGCCGACGCUUCGAGCCGACCAUCGACCGAAAAGAAGUCACUCAGCCGUUGGAGAGGUUUCUUUCAGCGCUUCACGAUGCAGUGCGCAAUGAGAACGGGAAAAUCGCAUUCGCCAAAGCGCAGCAGCAUCAACAAGAGGGUGCAACGACCAGCUCGAAUCACCGCUCCAUCCGCGACACGGUACCAUUGACGAAAGGCAGCAGCAGCAGUAGCAGCGAUGACAACAACAGCUGCUGCACCAACGACAACAGCAACAGCACCAACAACAACAGCAACAGCAACUUUAGUGCCCUCGAUACUGAGGAGAACGAGUCGAACGAGCAAGGAGCUUCCUACGUUUGGCAAUGGAAUCCAUAUCCCGGCUCCACCGAGCUGGCCAAAUGGUUUCAAGAAGUGGCGUCCCAACAAUCUGGCACAAUUGAGCCAUUGCUUCGACUUUUGAGUGGCAUUUUCCUCACCGGUCCCGACGUUUGUAAGAACAUUGUCAACAUGAAAGAGGUUGCCAUCAUCCUCGUUUGCAAGGUGAUGCAGAGCACAUCGCUUUCCGCACUUGCCUGUCGUACUCUUGGCUACUGGGUUCACAACAAUUCAAGCUUGAACGAGUUUUUGCUGCAGUUCGAGGGGUGGCCUCAGCAGCAGCCGGGCUGUAGUUUGCUUCAACUCUUCGAUUCAAAAGUCAAAGUGCUCGACUUGAAUGCUGCUGGCUUACUGCUCCAGAAUUGGGGGUUCAAUCAUAGUUCGCCAUCAACACCGAAUCAUCAGCAGCGUGUCAUCGACGAAAUAGUGCGCUCUCAACUGUUCGCGGCGCUUAUCGACGCGCUUGAAACCGAGACCAAUGUGUAUACGUCAAACCCAGGCGUUCAGGUCGUCUUCCGCGCAUGCUGUGUGAUUGACACUCUCCAAGUGUGGGAAGUUGUCGGUCCGGAGGAAGCGUUGCGAUACUUGCGAGCAUGCGCUCGCGUCUGCGCAUUAGUCGCCUUUCCGCCACUGGGAAACCGCGCGGUGGUGACCAUGCGAAGAAUCCUUGAGGCCUUCCCGAAACUCGCCACGGAUCCGAAUCUUCGACGGCCACCCGUGCAAGCUGGGCUACAAGAGCAAUUUCUCUGUACCGAGUUUGGCUCCAGUGAACGCAAGGCUUGCCGAGAUCUGAUGAAGCGGCUCAGGAUCUCGGUGCCGAUCGAUGUUCCCAAUCCAAAAGACUUUAUCAUGCAUGACGCAUGUUGA